AUGACGGGGAUCACAGCCUCUUGCUCGCGAUGCCUUACGCGAUCCAGCGCAAUCAACCUCACCUCUCUCGCCUCUGCUCUUCCAUCAACUUCGUACAGUCUCGCACCCUCCGCUAGCUUCUCCACAACCCCGUUCCUCUCCGAAUCGCGCAAGAAGCGUACGGCUCGCUUGAAACGCAAGGCCAACCUCGAACAGCGCUUCCUCAAAGUCCGCAUGCUCGAAUUUUCCAAACCCGACGUUGUCCUCGGUCAUCAAGCCACAAACCCAAAAACAUGGGAGCAAUCCGAACUGGCAUCCAUCAUCCUCAACAAAGAAACCAUCUGGGGUGUCAAAGAAGAUCGUCGUGGAAACCUCGUCUCCCUCUCGCCUCCAAAUGCUGCUUCUCCCUCCAAAAAUGCAUUCGACUCCGCCUCAGCCGAAGAUGCAGCUACACUCGGAGGUCCAGGACGGCUCAACUUUGGUUUGGACCGCCAAGACCGUCAGCUCCUUUUCCAAGACCUGCCCCAAGUGAUGGUCAAAGAUCGCAUCCUUGACUCCUCGAACCUCGGAGCGUUGAUUAGGGGUACUGUAAAUCAAGCCGAUCUAGAAGCCUUCCAAUCCGAAUACUCGAAAGUUCAAUCCGAGGAAAAAGCCAACGAAGAAAACCUGGCUCGAAUCCUCGACCUCCGCAACGCCUCCGGCAAAGGUAUCCAGGUGGAAAACAUCAGAAGGAUCAUCUCGCAUUUUGGUAAAGGUUCGGAUACUGGAUCGCCAGAGGUUCAGGCUGCUGUGCUGACAUAUAGGAUUAGAAACCUGCACGAGCAUAUGCAGGCUAACAAACACGAUAACUCGAACAGGAGGAGCAUGACUCUUCUAACCCACCAAAGGGUAAAGAUCUUGAAGUAUUUGAAGAGAAAGAGCCCAGAAAGGUACCAUCACAUCUUACCCAGGAUUGGCAUCGAGGCAAGAGCGGUCGAGGGAGAGAUUGUCGUUCCAGGUAAGCCCAAGAUUGCUCCUGCUUGA